AUGGCGGCACAUAUGCGCUCCCAGCAAGUCAUGUCGCACGGGAAUCGACGUCUGCUGAGCGUCAGGCCAAGAACUGUUACGCCUCCAGCUGCUCCGGUGCCCGGACACGCUUCGGCCGUCGAGCAGCCACCACCAGCUACAGAUGGACCUCGUUCUGAUGGUUCAAGGGGCACACUUCAGCUCAACCUGGCCAACAACACGGUUGACAGAAACCAGAUGACUACAAGUUUCAACAGGAUUAAUACGGAUUGUGUUUCCAACAGGGAGCAUUGGCGUCAUAACCCUCCCUGCGGAGAAAGCUAUUCUCCGCACGGAACUAUCACAUCCCCUGGUGCGUCCCAGGACUCCAAGGCCGAAGAGAAUGGCUCGACACGACUCAAGAGAAAGACCAAGCCCAAUCGCGGUUUUGAUCCAGCUGCUCAAGUAGCCAGAGACGCUACGGCCGCCGAGCAGGCUCCACCAGCUCUAGAUGGACCUCGUCCUGAUGGUUCAGGGGGCACACUUCAGCUCAACCUGGCCAACAACACGGUUGACAGAAACCAGAUGACUACAAGUUCCAACAGGGUUCAUACGGAUUGUGGUUCCAACAGGGAGCAUGGGCGUCAUAACCCUCCCUGCGGAGAAAGCUAUUCUCCGCACGGAAUUGUCACGUCCCCUGGUGCGUCCCAGGACUCCAAGGCCGAAGAGAAUGGCUCGACACGACCCAAGAGAAAGACCAAGCCCAAUCGUGGUUUUGAUCCAGCUGCUCAAGUAGCCAGAGACGCUACGGCCGCCGAGCAGGCUCCACCAGCUCCAGAUGGACCUCAUCCUGAUGGUUCAGGGGGCACACUUCAGCUCAACCUGGCCAACAACACGGUUGACAGAAACCAGAUGACUACAAGUUCCAACAGGGUUCAUACGGAUUGUGGUUCCAACAGGGAGCAUGGGCGUCAUAACCCUCCCUGCGGAGAAAGCUAUUCUCCGCACGGAAUUGUCACGUCCCCUGGUGCGUCCCAGGACUCCAAGGCCGAAGAGAAUGGCUCGACACGACCCAAGAGAAAGACCAAGCCCAAUCGUGGUUUUGAUCCAGCUGCUCAAGUAGCCAGAGACGCUACGGCCGCCGAGCAGGCUCCACCAGCUCCAGAUGGACCUCGUCCUGAUGGUUCAGGGGGCACACUUCAGCUCAACCUGGCCAACAACACGGUUGACAGAAACCAGAUGACUACAAGUUCCAACAGGGUUCAUACGGAUUGUGGUUCCAACAGGGAGCAUGGGCGUCAUAACCCUCCCUGCGGAGAAAGCUAUUCUCCGCACGGAAUUGUCACGUCCCCUGGUGUUUCCCAAGACUCCAAGGCCGAAGAGAAUGGCUCGACACGACCCAAGAGAAAGACCAAGCCCAAUCGUGGUUUUGAUCCAGCUGCUCAAGUAGCUAAAGAUGCUACGGCCGCCGAGCAGGCUCCACCAGCUCCAGAUGGACCUCGUCCUGAUGGUUCAGGGGGCACACUUCAGCUCAACCUGGCCAACAACACGGUUGACAGAAACCAGAUGACUACAAGUUCCAACAGGGUUCAUACGGAUUGUGGUUCCAACAGGGAGCAUGGGCGUCAUAACCCUCCCUGCGGAGAAAGCUAUUCUCCGCACGGAAUUGUCACGUCCCCUGGUGCGUCCCAGGACUCCAAGGCCGAAGAGAAUGGCUCGACACGACCCAAGAGAAAGACCAAGCCCAAUCGUGGUUUUGAUCCAGCUGCUCAAGUAGCUAGAGACUCUACGGCCGCCGAGCAGGCUCCACCAGCUCCAGAUGGACCUCGUCCUGAUGGUUCAGGGGGCACACUUCAGCUCAACCUGGCCAACAACACGGUUGACAGAAACCAGAUGACUACAAGUUCCAAAAGGGUUCAUACGGAUUGUGGUUCCAACAGGGAGCAUGGGCGUCAUAACCCUCCCUGCGGAGAAAGCUAUUCUCCGCACGGAAUUGUCACGUCCCCUGGUGCGUCCCAGGACUCCAAGGCCGAAGAGAAUGGCUCGACACGACCCAAGAGAAAGACCAAGCCCAAUCGUGGUUUUGAUCCAGCUGCUCAAGUAGCCAGAGACGCUACGGCCGCCGAGCAGGCUCCACCAGCUCCAGAUGGACCUCGUCCUGAUGGUUCAGGGGGCACACUUCAGCUCAACCUGGCCAACAACAUGGUUGACAGAAACCAGAUGACUACAAGUUCCAACAGGGUUCAUACGGAUUGUGGUUCCAACAGGGAGCAUUGGCGUCAUAACCCUCCCUGCGGAGAAAGCUAUUCUCCGCACGGAACUAUCACGUCCCCUGGUGCGUCCCAGGACUCCAAGGCCGAAGAGAAUGGCUCGACACGACUCAAGAGAAAGACCAAGCCCAAUCGCGGUUUUGAUCCAGCUGCUCAAGUAGCCAGAGACGCUACGGCCGCCGAGCAGGCUCCACCAGCUCCAGAUGGACCUCGUCCUGAUGGUUCAGGGGGCACACUUCAGCUCAACCUGGCCAACAACACGGUUGACAGAAACCAGAUGACUACAAGUUCCAACAGGGUUCAUACGGAUUGUGGUUCCAACAGGGAGCAUGGGCGUCAUAACCCUCCCUGCGGAGAAAGCUAUUCUCCGCACGGAAUUGUCACGUCCCCUGGUGCGUCCCAGGACUCCAAGGCCGAAGAGAAUGGCUCGACACGACCCAAGAGAAAGACCAAGCCCAAUCGUGGUUUUGAUCCAGCUGCUCAAGUAGCUAGAGACGCUACGGCCGCCGAGCAGGCUCCACCAGCUCCAGAUGGACCUCGUCCUGAUGGUUCAGGGGGCACACUUCAGCUCAACCUGGCCAACAACACGGUUGACAAAAACCAGAUGACUACAAGUUCCAACAGGGUUCAUACGGAUUGUGGUUCCAACAGGGAGCAUGGGCGUCAUAACCCUCCCUGCGGAGAAAGCUAUUCUCCGCACGGAAUUGUCACGUCCCCUGGUGCAUCCCAGGACUCCAAGGCCGAAGAGAAUGGCUCGACACGACCCAAGAGAAAGACCAAGCCCAAUCAUGGUUUUGAUCCAGCUGCUCAAGUAGCCAGAGACGCUACGGCCGCCGAGCAGGCUCCACCAGCUCCAGAUGGACCUCGUCCUGAUGGUUCAGGGGGCACACUUCAGCUCAACCUGGCCAACAACAUGGUUGACAGAAACCAGAUGACUACAAGUUCCAACAGGGUUCAUACGGAUUGUGGUUCCAACAGGGAGCAUUGGCGUCAUAACCCUCCCUGCGGAGAAAGCUAUUCUCCGCACGGAACUAUCACGUCCCCUGGUGCGUCCCAGGACUCCAAGGCCGAAGAGAAUGGCUCGACACGACUCAAGAGAAAGACCAAGCCCAAUCGCGGUUUUGAUCCAGCUGCUCAAGUAGCCAGAGACGCUACGGCCGCCGAGCAGGCUCCACCAGCUCCAGAUGGACCUCGUCCUGAUGGUUCAGGGGGCACACUUCAGCUCAACCUGGCCAACAACACGGUUGACAGAAACCAGAUGACUACAAGUUCCAACAGGGUUCAUACGGAUUGUGGUUCCAACAGGGAGCAUGGGCGUCAUAACCCUCCCUGCGGAGAAAGCUAUUCUCCGCACGGAAUUGUCACGUCCCCUGGUGCGUCCCAGGACUCCAAGGCCGAAGAGAAUGGCUCGACACGACCCAAGAGAAAGACCAAGCCCAAUCGUGGUUUUGAUCCAGCUGCUCAAGUAGCCAGAGACGCUACGGCCGCCGAGCAGGCUCCACCAGCUCCAGAUGGACCUCAUCCUGAUGGUUCAGGGGGCACACUUCAGCUCAACCUGGCCAACAACACGGUUGACAGAAACCAGAUGACUACAAGUUCCAACAGGGUUCAUACGGAUUAUGGACCUCGUCCUGAUGGUUCAGGGGGCACACUUCAGCUCAACCUGGCCAACAACACGGUUGACAGAAACCAGAUGACUACAAGUUCCAACAGGGUUCAUACGGAUUGUGGUUCCAACAGGGAGCAUGGGCGUCAUAACCCUCCCUGCGGAGAAAGCUAUUCUCCGCACGGAAUUGUCACGUCCCCUGGUGCGUCCCAGGACUCCAAGGCCGAAGAGAAUGGCUCGACACGACCCAAGAGAAAGACCAAGCCCAAUCGUGGUUUUGAUCCAGCUGCUCAAGUAGCCAGAGACGCUACGGACGCCGAGAAGGCUCCACCAGCUCUAGAUGGACCUCGUCCUGAUGGUUCAUGGGGCACACUUCAGCUCAACCUGGCCAACAACACGGUUAACAGAAACCAGAUGACUACAAGUUCCAACAGGGUUCAUACGGAUUGUGGUUCCAACAGGGAGCAUGGGCGUCAUAACCCUCCCUGCGGAGAAAGCUAUUCUCCGCACGGAAUUGUCACGUCCCCUGGUGCGUCCCAGGACUCCAAGGCCGAAGAGAAUGGCUCGACACGACCCAAGAGAAAGACCAAGCCCAAUCGUGGUUUUGAUCCAGCUGCUCAAGUAGCCAGAGACGCUACGGCCGCCGAGCAGGCUCCACCAGCUCUAGAUGGACCUCGUCCUGAUGGUUCAGGGGGCACACUUCAGCUCAACCUGGCCAACAACACGGUUGACAGAAACCAGAUGACUACAAGUUCCAACAGGGUUCAUACGGAUUGUGGUUCCAACAGGGAGCAUGGGCGUCAUAACCCUCCCUGCGGAGAAAGCUAUUCUCCGCACGGAAUUGUCACGUCCCCUGGUGCGUCCCAGGACUCCAAGGCCGAAGAGAAUGGCUCGACACGACCCAAGAGAAAGACCAAGCCCAAUCGUGGUUUUGAUCCAGCUGCUCAAGUAGCCAGAGACGCUACGGCCGCCGAGCAGGCUCCACCAGCUCCAGAUGGACCUCAUCCUGAUGGUUCAGGGGGCACACUUCAGCUCAACCUGGCCAACAACACGGUUGACAGAAACCAGAUGACUACAAGUUCCAACAGGGUUCAUACGGAUUGUGGUUCCAACAGGGAGCAUGGGCGUCAUAACCCUCCCUGCGGAGAAAGCUAUUCUCCGCACGGAAUUGUCCCGUCCCCUGGUGCGUCCCAGGACUCCAAGGCCGAAGAGAAUGGCUCGACACGACCCAAGAGAAAGACCAAGCCCAAUCGUGGUUUUGAUCCAGCUGCUCAAGUAGCUAAAGAUGCUCCGGCCGCCGAGCAGGCUCCACCAGCUCCAGAUGGACCUCGUCCUGAUGGUUCAGGGGGCACACUUCAGCUCAACCUGGCCAACAACACGGUUGACAGAAACCAGAUGACUACAAGUUCCAACAGGGUUCAUACGGAUUGUGGUUCCAACAGGGAGCAUGGGCGUCAUAACCCUCCCUGCGGAGAAAGCUAUUCUCCGCACGGAAUUGUCACGUCCCCUGGUGCGUCCCAGGACUCCAAGGCCGAAGAGAAUGGCUCGACACGACCCAAGAGAAAGACCAAGCCCAAUCGUGGUUUUGAUCCAGCUGCUCAAGUAGCCAGAGACGCUACGGCCUCCGAGCAGGCUCCACCAGCUCCAGAUGGACCUCGUCCUGAUGGUUCAGGGGGCACACUUCAGCUCAACCUGGCCAACAACACGGUUGACAGAAACCAGAUGACUACAAGUUCCAACAGGGUUCAUACGGAUUGUGGUUCCAACAGGGAGCAUGGGCGUCAUAACCCUCCCUGCGGAGAAAGCUAUUCUCCGCACGGAAUUGUCACGUCCCCUGGUGCGUCCCAGGACUCCAAGGCCGAAGAGAAUGGCUCGACACGACCCAAGAGAAAGACCAAGCCCAAUCGUGGUUUUGAUCCAGCUGCUCAAGUAGCUAGAGACGCUACGGCCGCCGAGCAGGCUCCACCAGCUCCAGAUGGACCUCGUCCUGAUGGUUCAGGGGGCACACUUCAGCUCAACCUGGCCAACAACACGGUUGACAAAAACCAGAUGACUACAAGUUCCAACAGGGUUCAUACGGAUUGUGGUUCCAACAGGGAGCAUGGGCGUCAUAACCCUCCCUGCGGAGAAAGCUAUUCUCCGCACGGAAUUGUCACGUCCCCUGGUGCAUCCCAGGACUCCAAGGCCGAAGAGAAUGGCUCGACACGACCCAAGAGAAAGACCAAGCCCAAUCAUGGUUUUGAUCCAGCUGCUCAAGUAGCCAGAGACGCUACGGCUGCCGAGCAGGCUCCACCAGCUCCAGAUGGACCUCGUCCUGAUGGUUCAGGGGGCACACUUCAGCUCAACCUGGCCAACAACAUGGUUGACAGAAACCAGAUGACUACAAGUUCCAACAGGGUUCAUACGGAUUGUGGUUCCAACAGGGAGCAUUGGCGUCAUAACCCUCCCUGCGGAGAAAGCUAUUCUCCGCACGGAACUAUCACGUCCCCUGGUGCGUCCCAGGACUCCAAGGCCGAAGAGAAUGGCUCGACACGACUCAAGAGAAAGACCAAGCCCAAUCGCGGUUUUGAUCCAGCUGCUCAAGUAGCCAGAGACGCUACGGCCGCCGAGCAGGCUCCACCAGCUCCAGAUGGACCUCGUCCUGAUGGUUCAGGGGGCACACUUCAGCUCAACCUGGCCAACAACACGGUUGACAGAAACCAGAUGACUACAAGUUCCAACAGGGUUCAUACGGAUUGUGGUUCCAACAGGGAGCAUGGGCGUCAUAACCCUCCCUGCGGAGAAAGCUAUUCUCCGCACGGAAUUGUCACGUCCCCUGGUGCGUCCCAGGACUCCAAGGCCGAAGAGAAUGGCUCGACACGACCCAAGAGAAAGACCAAGCCCAAUCGUGGUUUUGAUCCAGCUGCUCAAGUAGCCAGAGACGCUACGGCCGCCGAGCAGGCUCCACCAGCUCUAGAUGGACCUCGUCCUGAUGGUUCAGGGGGCACACUUCAGCUCAACCUGGCCAACAACACGGUUGACAGAAACCAGAUGACUACAAGUUCCAACAGGGUUCAUACGGAUUGUGGUUCCAACAGGGAGCAUGGGCGUCAUAACCCUCCCUGCGGAGAAAGCUAUUCUCCGCACGGAAUUGUCACGUCCCCUGGUGCGUCCCAGGACUCCAAGGCCGAAGAGAAUGGCUCGACACGACCCAAGAGAAAGACCAAGCCCAAUCGUGGUUUUGAUCCAGCUGCUCAAGUAGCUAGAGACGCUACGGCCGCCGAGCAGGCUCCACCAGCUCCAGAUGGACCUCGUCCUGAUGGUUCAGGGGGCACACUUCAGCUCAACCUGGCCAACAACACGGUUGACAAAAACCAGAUGACUACAAGUUCCAACAGGGUUCAUACGGAUUGUGGUUCCAACAGGGAGCAUGGGCGUCAUAACCCUCCCUGCGGAGAAAGCUAUUCUCCGCACGGAAUUGUCACGUCCCCUGGUGCAUCCCAGGACUCCAAGGCCGAAGAGAAUGGCUCGACACGACCCAAGAGAAAGACCAAGCCCAAUCAUGGUUUUGAUCCAGCUGCUCAAGUAGCCAGAGACGCUACGGCCGCCGAGCAGGCUCCACCAGCUCCAGAUGGACCUCGUCCUGAUGGUUCAGGGGGCACACUUCAGCUCAACCUGGCCAACAACAUGGUUGACAGAAACCAGAUGACUACAAGUUCCAACAGGGUUCAUACGGAUUGUGGUUCCAACAGGGAGCAUUGGCGUCAUAACCCUCCCUGCGGAGAAAGCUAUUCUCCGCACGGAACUAUCACGUCCCCUGGUGCGUCCCAGGACUCCAAGGCCGAAGAGAAUGGCUCGACACGACUCAAGAGAAAGACCAAGCCCAAUCGCGGUUUUGAUCCAGCUGCUCAAGUAGCCAGAGACGCUACGGCCGCCGAGCAGGCUCCACCAGCUCCAGAUGGACCUCGUCCUGAUGGUUCAGGGGGCACACUUCAGCUCAACCUGGCCAACAACACGGUUGACAGAAACCAGAUGACUACAAGUUCCAACAGGGUUCAUACAGAUUGUGGUUCCAACAGGGAGCAUGGGCGUCAUAACCCUCCCUGCGGAGAAAGCUAUUCUCCGCACGGAAUUGUCACGUCCCCUGGUGCGUCCCAGGACUCCAAGGCCGAAGAGAAUGGCUCGACACGACCCAAGAGAAAGACCAAGCCCAAUCGUGGUUUUGAUCCAGCUGCUCAAGUAGCCAGAGACGCUACGGCCGCCGAGCAGGCUCCACCAGCUCUAGAUGGACCUCGUCCUGAUGGUUCAGGGGGCACACUUCAGCUCAACCUGGCCAACAACACGGUUGACAGAAACCAGAUGACUACAAGUUCCAACAGGGUUCAUACGGAUUGUGGUUCCAACAGGGAGCAUGGGCGUCAUAACCCUCCCCGCGGAGAAAGCUAUUCUCCGCACGGAAUUGUCACGUCCCCUCGUGCGUCCCGGGACUCCAAGGCCGAAGAGAAUGGCUCGACACGACCCAAGAGAAAGACCAAGCCCAAUCGUGGUUUUGAUCCAGCUGCUCAAGUAGCCAGAGACGCUACGGCCUCCGAGCAGGCUCCACCAGCUCCAGAUGGACCUCGUCCUAAUGGUUCAGGGGGCACACUUCAGCUCAACCUGGCCAACAACACGGUUGAUAGAAACCAGAUGACUACAAGUUCCAAUAGGGUUCAUACGGAUUGUGGUUCCAACAGGGAGCAUGGGCGUCAUAACCCUCCCUGCAGAGAAAGCUAUUCUCCGCACGGAAUUGUCACGUCCCCUGGUGUUUCCCAGGACUCCAAGGCCGAAGAGAAUGGCUCGACACGACCCAAGAGAAAGACCAAGCCCAAUCGUGGUUUUGAUCCAGCUGCUCAAGUAGCUAAAGAUGCUACGGCCGCCGAGCAGGCUCCACCAGCUCCAGAUGGACCUCGUCCUGAUGGUUCAGGGGGCACACUUCAGCUCAACCUGGCCAACAACACGGUUGACAGAAACCAGAUGACUACAAGUUCCAACAGGGUUCAUACGGAUUGUGGUUCCAACAGGGAGCAUGGGCGUCAUAACCCUCCCUGCGGAAAAAGCUAUUCUCCGCACGGAAUUGUCACGUCCCCUGGUGCGUCCCAGGACUCCAAGGCCGAAGAGAAUGGCUCGACACGACCCAAGAGAAAGACCAAGCCCAAUCGUGGUUUUGAUCCAGCUGCUCAAGUAGCCAGAGACGCUACGGCCGCCGAGCAGGCUCCACCAGCUCCAGAUGGACCUCGUCCUGAUGGUUCAGGGGGCACACUUCAGCUCAACCUGGCCAACAACACGGUUGACAGAAACCAGAUGACUACAAGUUCCAACAGGGUUCAUACGGAUUGUGGUUCCAACAGGGAGCAUGGGCGUCAUAACCCUCCCUGCGGAGAAAGCUAUUCUCCGCACGGAAUUGUCACGUCCCCUGGUGCGUCCCAGGACUCCAAGGCCAAAGAGAAUGGCUUGACACGACCCAAGAGAAAGACCAAGCCCAAUCGUGGUUUUGAUCCAGCUCCUCAAGUAGUUAGAGACGCUACGGCCGCCGAGCAGGCUCCACAGCUCGAGGUUCGCUCAGCUAAUGGACCUCGUCCUGAUGGUUCAGGGAGCACAUUUCAGCUCAACCUGGCCAACAACACGGUUGACAGAAACCACAUGACUACAAGUUCCAACAGGGUUCAUACGGAUUGUGGUUCCAACAGGGAGCAUGGGUGUCAUAACCCUCCCUGCGGAGAAAGCUAUUCUCCGCACGAAAUUGUCACGUCCCCUGGUGCGUCCCAGGACUCCAAGGCCGAAGAGAAUGGCUCGACACGACCCAAGAGAAAGACCAAGCCCAAUCGUGGUUUUGAUCCAGCUGCUCAAGUAGCCAGAGACGCUACAGCCGCCGAGCAGGCUCCACCAGCUCUAGAUGGACCUCGUCCUGAUGGUUCAGGGGGCACACUUCAGCUCAACCUGGCCAACAACACGGUUGACAGAAACCAGAUGACUACAAGUUCCAACAGGGUUCAUACGGAUUGUGGUUCCAACAGGGAGCAUGGGCGUCAUAACCCUCCCUGCGGAGAAAGCUAUUCUCCGCACGGAAUUGUCACGUCCCCUGGUGCGUCCCAGGACUCCAAGGCCGAAGAGAAUGGCUCGACACGACCCAAGAGAAAGACCAAGCCCAAUCGUGGUUUUGAUCCAGCUGCUCAAGUAGCCAGAGACGCUACAACCGCUGAGCAGGCUCCACCAGCUCUAGGUUCGCUCAGCUAG